AUGUUCAGUAAUAGUGAAAAUGAAUUCCAGUUCCCUGGUUGUGAUAAGACUUACACAAGACUAGAGAACUUGAAAACCCAUUUACGAACACAUACAGGAGAAAAGCCAUUCCAAUGCAAGUACCCUGGAUGCAUCAAAGCAUUUACGAACGCAUCUGACUGUGCGAAACAUCAGACACGUACUCAUUCACAAGCAAAACCGUACCGGUGUUGCGUUGAUGGUUGUAACAAAGCUUACACUGACCCGUCAUCGCUACGGAAACAUAUAAAGCGCCAUCAUAGUGAUGACACUUAUGAGAAUUUGAAAAAAAACAAAGUUCUAUAUCGCAGCAGAAUGAAUAUGAUUCAAGAGGAAAGCAAUAUUACAGUGCCGCCAGCACCCUCGUGUUUAAUUCAGAAACCGGCGCUGAACGAGAUCUCAAACUUUCCCCCUAACAGUUGGGCAUCCAACAGUAACUCUCCUUGCACUUGUAACAACCUUUGUGCGGAGAAUUGCUCUACCUAUGAUGCUUACCCACCAACGUGUUCAAGCCAUCAGGCACCCUUCUUACAACCGAAUUACUCAAUGCCAGCUUACCAAGGCCCAGUGGUCAACGCAGGACCAGAAAAUUAUGAAAUGCCAGCGGCGAGCGAAGGAACUGUCCCAAAUUGGCCUGCACCUAACAACUAUUACUGUCCUUCGACUCCAAGUGAAACUUACCCUUUGAAUCCUCAGAAUCAGUACUACGAGCAACAGUAUGGUAACCAAGUGAAUCAAUCUUACGGAUAUUACUGUUGA